AUGGCGGAAACAAAUGCAUUCGUCCUCGAUACACCCACCGUUCUGUCCAUAGCAUUCGCGCUUUCAUUCAUGCCAAUUGCCUUCGGACUAGGCACGUAUUUGAUUCCUUCAAACCAACUGCGCAACCGCGCGCUUUUCAUGUGGCAUGCGUAUGACGCGCUCACCCAUCUCUUCAUCGAGGGCUCGUUUUUAUACGAAUGUUUCUUCAGCUACGUUACGGCCUACGAGCAGAUCGGCGAAAGUGCACUGCUCAAAGAGCCAUGCUAUUACUUCCUCGGCCAGAAAGAUCGUGCAUACGGCGCCAAGUACGGCACUGGGCCAAGUGCGCGUCUGUGGCAGGAGUACGCCAAAGCUGACCACCGCUGGGCUACAGCCGACCCGACCGUGAUCUCCCUUGAACUUCUGACCGUCUUUCUGGCCGGUCCUGCAGCAGUAUAUAUCUGCUACCUGCUGUACAAAAUUGCCAACAGCAAGCAAUCUUCAGCGGCUGACGCACAACGACUUGGUACCAGCAAGGCAAAACUCUGGCUCAUUGCUUCUGCUGUCGCUACGGGGGAACUAUAUGGCGGAUUCAUGACUUUUGCUCCGGAAUGGCUCAGCGCAAACUCGCAGUUGGAUGGUAGUAACCCGGUGUUUCUGUGGUUAUACCUCGUCUUUUUCAAUAUGCUGUGGGUGUUUAUUCCUCUAUGGGUGUUAGCCGAGGCCUACAAGGAGCUGAAGUCCGGGUUUGUGAAGGCCGAGGUGUUGUCUUUGUCUUCGAACAAGAAAACAACAUGA